AUGCCAAACUACUACAACUCGUUGGCCGGUAUCUCCCAGUAUGGGAUUUUGCCCAUAAGCCCUGGAAACACGUCUGAUGUGCGUCGAGAGAGAGUACGACGCGGUGGUGGUGAAGAUGAGCCAACAGGACAGAAGAGGCCUUCAGAGAGUAACGAUGAACGCGCCAACUGCCAGAAGAAGUCCAGAAGUGGCUCAUCAGGAAGAAAUGGCCCACAUGUACCCAGACAGAGCCUCAGACAGCAAGAGGAACAAAGACAAGUGCAAGGACAGCAGCAUCAGCAGCCACCGCAACCUGGUAUGAGACUGGGUCCUUCAGACCCACUUCCUGGUCCCUUUUUUAACCUCUUUGACGAUGAUGACGACACCGAGUACGAACCAGGGACCGAGGAAGAAGAGGAUCUUUCAGAGGAGGAGGAGAUUGAAGACGAGGAAGAAGUGGAUCCCGAGGAGUGGAUGUUGGACUUGGAUAAGGACUUUGCCUUGCCUCAAGGAUAUGUCCUACCUCCAUAUUCGGGCUUCUUACCGUCUGAAUUGCAAAUGUUUGGAAAUGAACCCGUUGCUAACGAACGUUGUGUUAAUGAACGCGGUAUUAAUGAACCACGAGCACAAGUACCCACUGGAACAGCACAAUCCGUUGAAGUAACCGCGUCAAGCUCAAAGCCGAGAUUCAUACACACGAAUCAUGACAUUCGCUACUCUGUGGACCCUUACCACUACACACCAACCAAGACAAUGAAAGCCAAACAAUCCAUGAGAGAGCUUUUAUCACAGGGAAGACAAGAGAUAGAAUCGAAUCGAGAACACGCCACGGAAGAUGUUUCCCUAAAGAGCCUGCAAGAACACUAUUUUAACCAACUGAAGCUGAGGAACAUUGAUCUAGUGUCUAUGCCCUUUAGCACGAGACAAUCAGCUCCUCGUGGAGGAAUGCCUAAGACCUCAUCGAGGAAGCCACACAACGCAGGAACAACUUCUAAAGACGUUGGAAUUGAAUUACAAUGUCUUCAUUGUGAUAGAGAGUUUCGAGGACCAAAGGCUUCAACACAUCGUCAACAGCACAUCAAAAGGAUGCACCCUGAUAAAUACGUCAAGUUGAAGGGUUAA